AGAGAGUUUAGUUAACAGCAAGUGGCAAAUGGCAUGCAUAUCCGCAACGGAGGCAGAGAUUGAGCGUAUGAUAUGAGAGAGAAGACGGAACAAAAUCAAGGGCGGAGAAUGCCCCAUGGCUGACAUCAUGUCGGUUAACACUUUAUUCAGACAACACUAUACUCAUUAAUCAAAAUCAAAUGACCUAACCACUCUCUCUUUUUCCCAAUUUUCGAAUCUCUCUCCUCCAUGGACCCAACUUCGAUCCCUCCCCCUCCGGCCACCACCGUCCCCUUCACUGUCGAACCCAGCAAUCACGUGACCCCCGCCGACAACACCAACACCAACACCAACCACCCUCCUUACGAUGAGAUGAUAUACACAGCAAUCGGGGCUCUGAAGGAGAAAGAUGGUUCGAGCAAGCGAGCCAUAGGAAAGUACAUGGAACAAGUGUACAAGGACCUUCCACCCACCCACUCUGCUUUGUUGACUCACCAUCUCAACCGAUUGAAAUCCGCUGGUCUUCUCAUCCUCGUCAAAAAAUCCUACAAGCUCCCCGGAUCUGAUCCUCUUCCCGUGCUCCAGGCCCAAAAGCCCCGCGGUCGCCCCCCAAAGCUCAAAUCCCAGCCCAACACUGAGCUCACAUGGCCUGCGCUAGCCCUCAACGACAACCCUGCUCUUCAAUCCGCAAAAAGAGGCCCGGGUCGUCCCAAAAAGAUUGCAGGACCCGUAGGUGUGAGCCCGGGCCCGAUGGUGCCGGGCAGAAGGGGUCGUCCACCUGGGACCGGGAGAUCUAAGCUGCCCAAGAGGCCUGGCCGUCCUCCCAAGCCCAAAUCCGUGUCGGCGAUCUCCAGUGGGCUCAAACGACGUCCGGGCCGCCCACCCAAAGCCGAAUCCAACGUAAACGUCAUCCCCUUCGCAGCCCCUGUUGCUCCCGGCCUGCCCACAGUGCAGCCCAUCGUUCCUACUGCUUCCGUGCCCAAUGGAUCUCCCAGGCCCAGAGGAAGGCCCAAAAAGAUUGUUGCCGGUGCGGGGGCUCCGGCGCUCUCUUCCGUUGGUGGUGCACCACGUGGCCGCGGACGGCCCCGUGGGGUCUUGCCGUUGGUGAGGCCGGGCCGCCCUCAGAAGCUCGCCGUUGGAAGGCCCAAGAAUCCUGCAAGAAGGCCCGUGGGCCGCCCCAAGGGAUCGACAGCUGCUGCAAUCACAGCACAUAAGGCUGCUAAUGAAGAUCUAAGAAGGAAGCUUGAACACUUCCAAUCAAAAGUGAAGGAGUCUCUUGGCACGCUUAAGCCUUAUUUUAACCAUGAAAGUCCAGUCACUGCAAUUGCGGCAAUUCAAGAGUUGGAAGUACUGUCAACUUUGGACCUUAAAGCACCAUUGAGGGAUGAGACCCAUCAACAGCCACAGCCACAGCCACAGGUGUAUGAACAGCAAUAUCCCCAGCCACAGCCACUGCUGCAGCAAUUUUUUCAACCACAUACAUCAGCCCCAAGCUAGGCCUGAACUUGAUGAAGGACAACUUGUACAAGUGUUUUUAACAAGACACAAGAGAUAAAAGAUCUGUAAAGCGGUUAGGAAGUAGUGGUACUGAUUUUUCUGAGGGUGAAGUGACUCUGUCUAUUUUAGUUUGUUGUUGUGCAACAUUUAGUUUGACCCCUGAAGUAAUUAGCGGGUACUGUUGAUUCUGUUGUUAUUUAUUUGACUUUUACAGUUUACUUUAGUCACAUUAAUGUGUAUGCUUGGUUCAGCCUCCUUUGUUGUUUUAUGUUUUUAAUGGUUACUGCUUGCUAUUUCUCA